AUGGCGUCCGCCGCAGGGCUGUCGGCCCCGGGCGUCGUCACUUACGACUCCAGUACCUUGAGCGUUGGUGACGGAACAUGGGACUUCACCAAGAACUCCUUUCUCCUUCCGAAUCUUCUUGGGCUCAACUUUGAGACGAUGAGAUACAAUGGCAUGGGCAAUAGAUUCUCGACCGUUCCUCAGUACCACACCAUCAUCCUCGCCCACGGGUUGCUGGGCGCCCUUGUCUUCCUCUUCAUUAUUCCGAUCUCUGUCAUGCAGGCUAGAUUCCGCGCAUCGCCUGUGGCCAGACGGCAUCAUGCCUAUUUCAACAUCGUCGGCUUGUUGCUCGUCACUGUGGUCUUCGUCCUUGGGUGGUUUGCAGUCGGUCCAGCUCGUAGCUGGACCAAUCCGCACCAUGCCAUCGGCCUCACUCUCUACAUCAUGUACUUGUUGCAAGCUAUUGGUGGGCGCCUUGUAAAGAACAUCUACAAGCGCUCCUUACGGCUCAUGAUUCACAGAUGGUCUGGCCGCUGCAUUGCACUUCUUGGUAUUGCUCAGGUUCCCCUCGGCUUGACGCUGUACGGCUCCCCCAAGUACACAUUCAUCCUAUUUGCAGUGUGGAUGGCGUUCCUUGUGGUGCUCUAUUUCGUUCUCAGUUGGCGCCACGACGGGCAGCAUCACGAUACAGCCUUGCUCGAUGCACGACAGCACGAGGGCACAGAGGUCUCUGGUCCCAAGAAGAGCGGCCAUGGCUGGCUCGGCCCACUGGCUGCUGGUGCGGGCAUAUUCGCGCUCAUGAAGAGCCGCAAACGUCGUGGUAGUCACAGCAGCGGCAGCAGUGUCUCGCGCACCACCCGAAGCCGCUCCACCCGGCACCCUGAAGUCAUCCCCUCUCGCAGAGGGUCAGCGAGCUACAUCGAUGAUGAGAAAUACUCUGACAGAUCCGACCACAAGAAGAAAGGUGGUGGCAUGAUGGGCAAGCUCUUCGGGGUAGCUGGUGCUCUCGGGGCUGGUGCUAUGGUCAAGAACUACAUGGACCGGCGAGAGAAGCGGCGGUAUGCUGACGAGGAGUAUUCUGCUGUUGCUACCGAAACGCCCAGUCGGCCGAACCCGGCCACGCCAUCCCGCUUCGCCCGACGGCCUGCUGAUACCUACACUGAGAGUGAAUUUACCGAGGAUCGUACACAGCUGAAUCGCCCCAUCACUCCUUUGCUUCCGGGACCUGGCGGGCCUGUAGCGGCUGCUGCAGCAAUCAGUGCCGCUGAACGCCCAUCAACGCCACGCCCAGUGAGACCGCCUCACGCACGUCAAGACAGUUUCUACUCCAGCGAGUACUCCUCCUAUGUCAGCCCGUCACGCCGCACAAAGCUCGAUGAACCGCGGGGCGGCGCUGGUAAGGGGAUUUUGGCAGCAGUGGGGCUUGGAUGGCUUGCAAAGAAGUUCAAGGAUCGCCGGGACAAGCGCGCUGAAGAAGAACGUCUCAGAUACGAGGAUGAACGGCGAGACGGCAGGCACGGCUCAAGGUACACUGGAGAUGGAUUUUCCACGCCGACAAGAUCCACCCGUCGCCGCCCACCACCGGCAGUUGCACAAACAGCAACUACACUCACCCAGACGACUGAUGAAUCUUCGAUGGUGGAGACGCUGCCACCACACCGGGCACCAGCUGGGCCGCCAAUGCCGCCUCUAGGUCACGCUGGUGCACCUCAUCCGGCGAUACCACCCGCCGGAUCAUCUGUCCUCAUUCCCGCCCCGGUCCCCGUCCCCUCCUCACGGCGCCACUCUAGGUCUCACUCAAGACGGUCCGAGUCCAAGCCUCGGCCCGACGUCACUGCCGCCCCAGUCAUGAUGCCGGACAUGCCUGCAGAUCCACAGGGCUUAUUCGCGCCACUACGCGACGACUCAGAUAGCGAGGCCUACACGUCAGCGGGCGGUGGUCCAGGCAAACGACGGUCUUCCACUCGUCGCAAGCCAGGCGAUAUCGCUGCAGCUACUACUGUGACCUCGGCAUCACAGCUCAUACCCGAUGAUCGCUCCCGCCAAAGAUCGCACAGUCGAGCACCAAGCAAACCUGUCAGUGUCAAAGUCAAGUAUCACGAUGACCGUGACAGAAAUGUCACGCUGCGGCGUCUGACAGAUGAAGAAGCUGCUGCUGCACGUCGGGAGAGACGGCGCGGACGGUCGGAAUCGAUUAGCAGCAUGUCCGACAGUGAAGCCCCGACCUCCGGUCGCGGGCGCUAUAGGCGUGCGUCGAGCUCACGGAGAGGCCGAGACCCGGCUCCAGAGCUACUCGCUCCUUUGUCGCCACCCACACCUGCGUUCGCACGCGGAAAGAAGAGACAAAAGGACUCUGCCUACUACUCUGGCCAGCCGGGGCCGUCCGGAGAACCACCUGCCGCCGCGCAGACAGUAUCCACGCUCGAGAGCAUGGGAAGUCACGGCACAUGGAGCGCGUUGAGCGAAUCGGUGGGCGGACCUACAGGAGGCAACCAAACGGAAGGAUCGGUUCCUGCGUCUGCCGCGGAUCGCCGGAGGAGAAGACGACUUGAGCGACAAGGAUCGAGGCCGCCAGGUGCAGUCGAGUACAGCUAA